CGGCUCUACUGAAAGGCCUCGCAUUCCAGGCACCCAGGGCUCCUCUGUGAUCAGUGGGCAGCCUUGUCUGCUCCUGGGAGAGUCUGGGUGUGUGUGUGAGUGUGUGUGUGACACUCCAGUCUGCCACUCACAUUAUGCAACAACAGACAACUAUGAGCUCGUGCAGCAGCCGGGCCCUGACGCUGCUCUCCUCGGUGUUCGGGGCGUGCGGCCUGCUCCUGGUGGGCGUGGCCGUCUCCACCGACUACUGGCUGCUGAUGGAGGAGGGCAUCGUGCUGCAGCAGAACCAGACCAUCGAGGUCAAGAUGGCGCUGCACUCGGGCCUCUGGAGGACCUGCUUCAUCGCCGGUGCCGAGACGGGGAGGUGUGUGGCAGCCGAGUACUUUAAUGAGCCGGAAAUAGAAAUCACAACCGAAAACACUGCAAACAUUUUGAAGAUGGUGCGAACAGCCACUCCGUUCCCCAUGGUGUCCCUCCUCUUCGUCUUCACCGCCUUCGUCAUUAGCAACAUCGGACACAUCCGCCCACAGCGCACCAUUCUAGCCUUCGUCUCCGGAAUCUUCUUCAUCCUCUCAGGGCUCAGUCUGGUGGUAGGCCUGGUGCUCUACAUCUCCAGUAUAAAUGAUGAGGUGAUGAACAGGCCUCGGGAGCCGGAGAUGUUCUUCAAAUACCGUUACGGCUGGUCCUUUGCCUUCGCCGCCAGCAGCUUCCUCCUCAAAGAGGGGGCAGGCGUGAUGUCUGUGUAUCUGUUCAUGAAACGAUACGCCGAAGAGGAGAUGUACAGGCCACACCCGGCUCUCUAUCGCCCCCGCCUGUCGGAGUGCAGCGACUACAGCGGCCAGUACCUGCACCCGGAGUCGUGGCCGCCCUCUCAGCACGUGCGCCGGGCGUCGGAGGUGUCCAGCGACAUCUCCAUCCAGCUCAACCAGACGCCGCCGCCGCCGCCCAAGAGCUCCCAGCAGGGAGGCCCGGGGAUGGGGCCCUCCACCUCGGCGCCGUCCUCCGGCUCCAGCUACCAGCUCAACUCCCCGGGCAGCGCCAACUACCCCCACUCCCACCCGCUGCACCCUGGGCACGGGGGCCCCGGGGCCUCCCAGACCCUGCCCCUCUCCAUGCCCCCCAACGCCGGCGGCCCGCCCCACUACCACACACACAUGCGCAUGGGCGCCUCGCCCUGCUAGCGUGGGUACUGCUGCACAGACAGAGAGACA